CUGCACAGAUCAUGUUUUGCACUUUGAACACUCAUAAAGCUGAUAUGGACAAGCUUUUAGGUGCACAAAUUGGCCUUGAAGAUUUCAUAUUUGCCCACGUAAAAGGACAACGAAAAGAAGUGGAAGUUCUUAAAACUGAUGAUGUGCUUGGUCUUACCAUUACAGACAAUGGAACUGGUUGUGCAUUUAUAAAGCGAAUCAAAGAAGGUAGCCUUAUGGACCAAACCAAAAUUAUCUGUGUGGGUGAUCACAUAGAGACUAUAAAUGGAAAAAAUGUGUCAGAUUGUCGGCAUUAUGAAGUUGCCAAAAUGCUAAAAGAUCUGCAGAAAGGUCAGAUGUUUAAGCUGGAGUUGAUAGAGCCUAUGAAAGCAUUUGAAAAGCUGGAACCAAGGUCCAAGGGAGGAACUCUGCCAGCAGCUAAAAUCUCCAGAGGGAGAGAAACACUUCGGCUGAGAAGCAAAGGCCCUGCUACUGUGGAGGAAAUGCCAACGGAAGUUGAAGAAAAAGCAAUUAAAAAAGUGGAUGAGCUUCUUGAAACAUAUAUGGGGAUAAGAGAUAUUGAAUUAGCUGCAACAAUGGUGGAAGCUGGAAGAGACAAGAAAAAUCCAGAUGAAUUUGCAGUGGCAUUGGAUGAAACUCUUGGAGACUUUGCAUUUCCAGAUGAGUUUGUCUUUGAUGUAUGGGGAGCAAUAGGUGAUGCUAAGCAAGGACGACUUGAGUGAGAACUGUGCAGCUUAUCAGUCCCUAUAUGAAAGCACAAAAUUAUUUUCAAAUAUGUACAUCAGAAUUUUAACACUUUUAUUGAUAUGAAUC